GCAGCUUUUUUCGUCUCUACGCAGAAUCAGACGUCACUCUGCAAGAAUCGGCAAUUAAUUGGCCAACGCGGAAAUAACAUCAACCGUGCAUAAACAGACGCCGUUAUUCUGGGAGAACUAUCCAGUUGCAGGCGCUUGCUUUUCCACAAAAAAAGCUUUUUAAAAAUAUAUAUAAAUAUAUAAAAGAAGCCGGAUAACGCACAUGCGGUAAGAGGAUAAAAUACUGAGAAGGAAGCCGGAGGAGAUCCAGAGAAGAAAAAAGAGAGCGGGAUCUAAGCCGGGCUAGAGGCGCAACCUGGAGCGACUCUACUACAAAAAUCUGACCUCGACCUUCUAGGACGCUGCUCGAAAGUGGUCGUUGGGGAAGAAAUGGCGAAAUUCCCCCUCUUCACCCAUGCUGUUUCUCCAGCGCACAUGUUGCCCAGGCUACUGGUGCUGCUGAUCAAGAGGAUGUUUGCGUAGGAGUGUUAUAUUUUUCUGCAGAUCAGUCUGCACUGUUUCAACAACUCCAGCCGAGCGGUUGAUGCACUCGUGCGCUGCUGAGCACAUCUGUCAGAUAAAACGUCGUUAUCACCGGAAACCGGUUCGCUUUUUUUUCCUGAAACCUUUUUGAUUUUGCUCCUAUUUUUUUUCCGUAUGCUCCUGUCUGGAAUUGAGCCAAAUAAAAGAGAAAAAAAAUACUUUUCAUCUCAAGAGAGUGUGAAGGAAGCUUGUCUACUGGAAAAGAUUAAGGAAAUAAGCCUGGACCUUUGCAUCUUUUGUCUGGAUUUUUUUCUUAUUAAUGAAUGACAGUCAGAGAGGAUUGGGCCCAGUUGAGGGUUAUGUUUGCUUCCAGUUCAGAGUUGAAACUCUUUCAAAAGCAAAACGAAGAUUUUGAAUUCUCUCUCUAUUCUUCUAAUUGAUUUUUUUUUUUUUUUUGACCAUUGCUCAGAUUUUUUGUUUGAAUAACUGAAGUCAACUAGGAGCGGAAACUGCCCUGGAUGUGACCCAAAGAAUUCAUCUUAUCUGUGAAGGGUGUUGAUGGAGAGCCAUUCGAAUGACAGCCGGGACAGUGGUCAUCACUGGAGGAAUUCUUGCUACGGUUAUAUUACUCCUUAUCAUCGCAGUAUUGUGCUACUGUAGGCUACAGUAUUAUUGCUGUAAGAAGGAGGAGUCAGAGUCGGAGGAGGAGGAGCCGGACUUCGCUGUCACGUCACGCAUCCCACCGGUUCACUCGAACCACAACAUUGUGGCGGCGACGGCUGCUGCCUCCUCCAUGCCCAAUGGCCCCGCCAUUUUCUCCACCCCUCCUUUGGCUAGAAAACUGACACGCUCGCAGACCUUCUGUCCAUCAUGCACGCACUAUGAUUUGCCUUUCUACCUUCAGCCUCCUCCGCCGCAGCAGGUCCACCACCAACCAGAAGGACUGAGGAAUGGUGGAGAACGCGUCAGCUACCGCAGCGUCCAGCAGCAGGAUCUGGACCUGCCAGUGCCUGUUAACAUUUCAAACUAUCGUAAGCCAAACCUGGCCCGCUCAGUCACCAUGAGGGAAAUGUUUACGCGCAGCUGUAGCAUCAGCACUGAUGUUUAGCUGAGCGAAGGUGGACGUUUGUUGCUGUGAGUUGGUGCGACUAUAGCUGGACAGGACUUGAGUUUUGCUAAGUCUCAUUUGACCUGUCGCCACCUGCAGAUUGGACCACUCUGAUGGCUCUCAGGACAGUUUUUUUCUCACACACCUUUACACUUUUCAGGCCCAUGACCUUGUUCAUGGUCCAAUGCUAAGUAUUUAAAAGUGUUCUAAAAUGUCAAUGAAUGAAAUAAGCUUUGUUUUAUUUUGAGCGGUAAAGUUUGUGUUGCCCUACUUCCCUACUUUCUGACCUGAAACACUAGCAGAUUACUGCAACACCAAAAUGAUGGGAUGCUCAGGGGGGAUUUUAUCUUUUACACAGCUGCUACAAAUGAAAAAUGACUGGGAGAAAUCUGGUGCCCUCCAUUAAGAAAGGAUGAUCUAUUUGUUCCUCCAUCAACAGAUUAUAGAGAUUUUUAAAUAUUAUCCACAAAGAUUAGAGAGGAGGAGGAGAAGGAGAGUGUUUUUAAGUUUUUAGCUACUACCCACAGAUGUUUUUGAUAGUUUUAACUUUGGACAUAACAUUUUAAGGCAUUAAGGGCUCACAGAAGAUUUUAAUUCCCUCUCAUUUUUCAAAUCCUUUCAUGUCUCAACUUUAAUAGUCUCUCUGAGACAGCACAGGAGGUUUAUCCCGCUUGAAGACGAGAGUAGAACCUUCAUAUUCUAACCGGGAGAAGUGGGCUGUGUUAUUGCAUUAUAUUCAGAAAGUAAAUGUGAGUUUACGGGCAUGCAUUGUGGCUAUACGCGUGUAUCGUGUUCUGUUGUUAUGCCAGAAUUUUUCAAUUCAUUAUAAUCAAACACAACCUGUCAACCCAAAUGUUUAAUGAACCAGGAGCUGAGGCGGGUUGCAAUAAUAUCUUAUUGUGAAAGGGGAAGAGAAUGCCAUGAGCCAGAGAGAGACACAUCCAAGCAGAUUAUUACAAAUCCUAACAAUAUUGUUUAUCUUACUGAUAGAAAGUGUAAGACAGACGUUAGACGAGCGGUAUUUAACUUUCAGUGUAAUCUCUGUUCUUUACUGAAGUUUUAGCUUGUGGACUUUUCAGCGUACAUCUUGUAUUGUAUGUGACCACUGAUAUCCGGAUGCUUUGGCUAAAGAUUCACCCUUAAAGGCACAUGCAUAAAUAUUUAAUAGGCCACACUUCAGUCUCUUUCCCCUCCCUCUCUCUCGAGUCAGUGGACUGAAGAAAAUGUGCUCUUGCUCUGAGGUACUCCGAGAGUUCCUGCUCUGGAUUGUUUUUAUUUUCUCCACAAGGCUGACCGGACUUGCUGAAGGGCUGAUUUUUCAACUGGAAGAGCAUUUUAUGGUCCGAGGACAUACGGCUGAAAAUUAUUCACUGCUUGAUUUCAAAAGGAUCGUCUGUGUGAGGGAUUUGCAGCUGACUAGAGUGUCCUUCUUGGAUUCCCAACAGCCUUUCUCUAUUAAAUAGAUGGUAGACACAUGUAUACUUUUUGCCCUCCAUUUUUGUCUCUCUGUAAUAUUUACCAACAAUUACUGUUGCUUAUUUACCUGGAAGUGAAACAGUGCAUAAUUUCAUUUUUUCUUUUCUAACAUGAUCAAACAGUGCCUUGCAAAAGUAUUAUUAUUACCCCAUCACGUUUCCACAUUUUGUCAUACUACUACCACAAAAAUUUGUGUAUUUUAUUGGGAUUUUAUUGCAUAGACUAACACAAACAAAUGCAUAAUUGAGAAGUGGAAGGAAAAUUAUAUAUGUGCUUUACAAACAAAAAUUUUAAGUUUGUCCUUGCAUUUGAACUCACCUUCCUUCAUUCUGAUACCGCUAGACAAAAUCCAGUGCAAUCAGAUGCCUUCAGAUGUCGACCUUAUAGAUGAUGUAUAAGUACUUGAAUCUCAAUAUAAAUUUAGCUCCUUGAAAUCAUUAGUGUUUUUCAAAAUUUUUCAUGAUGGAAAAAAAUAUCAUCAUGAAGACCAAGGAACAUACCAGACAAAUCAGAGAUAAAGUUGUUUAGAAGUUUAAAGCAGAAUAUAUCAUAGAACACCAUUCAACAUGUCAACAGUAAGCUGGUAAGACAGGUUAGAGCUAAAUACAAGAGGGUGCUGAUUAUCAAGCAUGAGAUUUGAGGUUUACUUCUACCAGGACAACAAACCAGAACAAAUAGCCAGAGGUACAAUGAACUGGUUUAGAUCAAACUAGAUUCAAGUUAAAGUGGACCUUUCCAAGUCCACACUUAUUUUCAGUCUCUAGAUGUAGAAAACUACCCCCCAAAAAUCCUUAUAACUUUAAUUAUACAGGGAUUAGCAAUAAGAUAAUCUCUUAACUAACUGCUAAGAGAUAGCUUACUGCUAACAGGGUAACAAAGAUAGCUCCAGAGGCAAAGAAUACAAGUACACACCACACUCUUUAUAUUUUUAUUCAGGGAAAAUGUUGAAAUUUACAAAUCUGUACAAUGAGUUAUUGCUUUUAUAUAUAAAAUCCCAUUGAGAUAAUAUGAAAUGUAUUAUUGUGAGAUAACAAAUGGAACAAAGUUCAAGAAGUACGAAUACUUUUGUAAGGCACUUUACAAAAAGUCACAACACAUAAAUAAACCUAACUGUUCAAGGGCAUAAUGCAGCCAUAACACACUUUUCUGUUCUAUAUUUUGAUCAUAUUUUUCACUGCUGACCGCCAAGCCUACACAUUUGUACUUGUUGAAAUUUAGUUUUUAUCUUAAACCCUCUGAUGUCCCUUUAAAAGUAUGAAACUUGGGAGCAGCGAAAUGCUACCAAGGCCUGACACCCACCCUGGUCCUCACAGAUAUAGCUAAACAUGUUCACACAGAACACAUGCAGACUCACAAGUUCUCAUUGUUUAUAUCUUUGAAGCUGAAUUUUUGCCAGAUGCACAGCUAAUGUAGUGCCAUAAAGAAGUGUGAGAGAAAUACAUUAUUAAGAGGAGUAUUAUUAUGAUUACUAUUAUUAGAAGUGUUUAUUAAAAUGAAUUGUGAUUUGUGUUCAGGUAUUUGCAUUAGUUGCAUUAUUUUAUGAUCCAGCUGUUUUUUCAGACUCAGUACAGUGCAGCAGACAUGUUUCUGUCCCUGUUUCUAAUAUAUAACUAACAGACACAUUGUUGCUAAUAAAAUGGUGUUAAAAUUG